CAGGAUCUGUCUUGCUGUCGUUUGACAUUUUUUGAUGAUUGUUGGCGAGAACUGUCAUGAUUUCAGAAAUUUUAUAGCGCAUCAUGCUAUAUGAGAAUGUAGUCUAAAGUAUGGGCAACUCCUCCUCUUCUGAGCUGCCAUUGGCAGGAGUUAUCUGCCUUGCAGUUUUUGGGUACACAGCCUUAAUCUUUAUCAUUGUGUUCAUCCGAUACAUGUGUGUGAGACAAGGAAAGUGCCAAGAUGUGGAGUGUGGAAUGUGUGGAAAAGAGGGUGCCCCGCAGUGUUCUGAUUGUUGUAUCAGCUGUUCAGAGUCGUGUGGAUGUAGUGCUCCUUCUGUGAAUAGCUGUCUUAAUAAUUGUUGUCCAAAUAAAAAGCUUACUUGCCUGGAUAUUUUGCUCUGUCAGUGCUGUUUAGGAGAAAAUAAUUGCUUUACAAAUAGUUCCAUAGGUUCAUGCAAUUCAUGCCACUGUGAUUUCUCCUGUCCACAGUGUGAGGCUGUCAGCUGUUGUUGUAUUGAAAUAAAGAUACGUCAACCAAGUAUGGGUUCCUUUACCCAACAGCUUACCAAACCACUACCUAAUACUCCUCAGCUUAAUACCCACAGAAAUGCAUCACUUACCCCAGCCCCCAAUGUAGGUCAAGAAAAACUUUUUAUUCCAUCUUCAUCUCAUGUUGUGAGAACUCAGGUACAAGUUAACAGGGCAUUUGAUGAUUCUUUUAUGGAAUGUGGAGGGAGUUUACAAAGUCGGGGGAUCAAGAAUUCUGAAUCAAAGCAAUUGCAAAACAAGAGAGAAAAAAUCAAGGUUUCACUGGAACCAAAAGAUUUAGAAAGUGGAGAAAAGUUCAGUAAUGUUGAGGCAAAAGGGAGAAAAAUCAACCAGAAAAAGCCCCUUACUGUAACAGAUGACAAAACACAGCAUCUUGAAGAAAAUCCAGAAAAAGAAACCAGACCCAAGAAGAAACUAAGAAAGAAAAAAGUAAACCAAAUUAAUGAGUCAACGAAAAUGCCAAAAAAGCUUGUAUUGGGAGAAAACCCUAGACCUGGUGUUCAGUUACCACCAAUUCAGUCAUCUUCUGUUGAAUCAAGCACCAUUCAAUCCAAUCAAAAAACCCCAAAGAAGGUGACUCAGAGAAACAAUCCAAUCAAAUCCAGUGAUACAGAAAAACUGAAACCAAAUAUUGAGAGCAAGGAAACAUAAAGUAGAAAGUGUUGAUGAAGGUAUUGAGGUAUCUUUGGAAAGCUUAGAAUCUUAUACCAAGGGUCACAGAGGUCAUCGUCAUGGAGAUAAGCAUCGGCGUAUUACUAGUGACUCAGAUACUGAGAUAAGUAGUCAUAAGAUUCACAGUAAAAUACAGAAUCAAAGAAAUGUUAAAGUAUCUCAUAAAAAUGCUGAUGAAAGCAACAAUGAUGGCAAUGAAGGCGAUGACGAGGAUAAUGAAAGUGAUAGUUUUAGCAGCUUUAGAUAGAUUUUAGAUUUUAAAGUCAAUGGUAAAAUUUGAUAUUAGGAUUGAAAGCAUUUAUUUAGCAUUAUGAGACUUCAUGUAUAAUGCUCAUGUAUAUGUGCCAAUAAGACUUUUUUCUUUUUUUUGACGUAUGUUUUAAUAAAGCAAGAGACUGUUCCAUGCAGAUUCAUUCAGUAUAUCCAAAAUCAGAUUAUGAUGCAAAAUAUAAUUCCAAGGAGAUUUAUUUUCUGACCAAGAGAUUAAUGAGACUUUGACAUUUUAAAGAUGGACACAAGCAAAUGGGUGUCAUUUUUAGGUUCUAUCUGCAGAUUUCAUCCAUUCUAUGAAAUUCUCUACGCACUGAUAAAGUUGUUUUCAAAAAAAAAUGUAUGAGCUAAAUACACUGUAGCUUUAUAAUCUGAUUCGUCAGGUUUACUUUAUUGUUUUAAUAUGGUUAGUUUUUGUGAUAUUUUGAUUUGGGUUUAAAGUGCUGUAGCCAGAAUAUCAGAUUUUAUACAUUAUACUAUGAGGUUACAAUUUGUAAUGUGUAAGAAGAUAUUU